CUUCUCUUUCUCCUUUCGCCAACGGCCUCCGGUGCGACAGACUUACGGCCGUGCCAGCAUUGGGCUUGUGUACCCUGGUCCUAUCCAUUCUCUACAUAGUCCUCUACACGGCUUCCAGCUGAGUGACGUCUACUCAACGGAGGUCCGAAUAUCACUCGUUAAUACAACUUUCGCCAAUAUCAACUAAGGAGUCGCGUACGAGAUCUUACCGCUGUUCACCGUGAUUGCAGCUGCUGUUCACAUCGACCUUUGGAAUCUUCAGAUCGCCCUUGGUUGUGCAGCAUCGAAUUGACCGUAGGACACCGGCAGCAUCGAGAGCACUAUCGGCCAGACUCGGAGUUUGCAACCUAAUGACGCCUAAAUCUCGGACCCCUCGCGCGGGCUCGCUCACGCCGCGCCCUCAUAGAAUCACCGCCAUCCCUCUGUACCCAUCAGCAGACGCGGAACCAGGGGAGGCAGGCCCGAGCAAGCCACUUUUCUCGUUUGCACUGCCGGAGCCAAGCGCGUUCGAAUCACCAGUGCCGCCCAAAUGCCGUAUGACGCUGUUGGCACAGGCGGUCGCGAACAACACGAAGGCGGCCAUGGCUACUGCGGCGGCAGCUCCCUUGCGUGAUGCUAUGGACAUGACGGAUGGAGCAGCGAAUGUUGAUUUGGUGGCUCCAGCCGCCGAGCCUUUGGCCGCAGAUCGGGCCGGCAACACGGAUGCACCUUCUGGGGCCCAUGACGAUAGAAACGAGCAGAUCGAUAUGGAGGGAGAGGACGAAUCGAAGCGCCAGGCGGAACGCGAUCCCCAAUACGAGUUCAACGCCCCUCAGUUUUUUGAUUUUCAUGACUUUAAAGACAAUGCUAGUGAGACAGGCGCAGACACUUGGUUUGACUCGCGGACUCUUUCACCAACAAGCACCAUGCAUUUUGGAGAUGGGGACAGAGACGAUUUUGAUGACGAUGAGGAUGAAGAGUACUUUGCCGUACACGAUGUUGCGACGCCGAAAGCCAGUCAAUUGAAUGCAUAUUUCCGAAUGCCGAGUGCCCGGAAAGAGUCGCACGUGCCACAAGUACCAUCUGAACUCCGACCCGUAUCUGAAUCUGCCGACGAACCUGCGCCGUCCGGAAAGACAGAUCCUAACCCAAUCCCCUUCAAAGCUAAAGCAAAAAAGCCCCAAUCGACAUUCGAAAUGAACCUAGCAAAAGCAAAGGCAAAAGCCAGAGCAUCAAUGACUACGACAAAUACAUCACUUGCCAACGUCUCCGCGGCCGCAGGCCCUCAGCGAGCGCCACGACCGAGCGUUCCCACGUCAUUUCGCGCACAGGCGCGAGCGCACUCCAUCAGUGGCCAUGGGCCGGAAAAAAAUGCGUUGGCGCAACAGAAAGGACCGAGACCGCUGACGAUCCCGAAGGAGUUUACUUUUGUGGCGAGGUUGAAGGCGAAGCAGAGCACAUUGGGGAUGAGGUCGCCUGGUGGAAUACAGAAAAAGAAAACAUCCAAAAUCAAUGGCCUGACCAUCCCCAGGCCCUUCAGACUGCACACGACCAACUUCCGGUCUACUCUCCAGAGCAUGGGCAACGACUUGACGAAUGCGCCUAAAUCACCGUUUGUGCCGCUGGCGGUUCGCAUUAAAACGUUUGAGAACCAGGUGCCGGAUCGCUUCAGGCCGACGGGUCCGAAGGGAAAGAAGGAGGAGAAGAAGAGAAGUGUUUCGCAUAGUGGGCCCAUAUCUCCAUGGCGAGGUCGGAUGCGGACGACCAGGCCGCAAUCGCCUUUCCUGUUGACCAAGCUGAGGACGAAGAGUCAUACCGUGCCCAGUCGAGAAGAACAAGAACUAGCUGAGCUCGCCAAAUUCCAACCAUUCAAAGCCAAACCCGCCGACCCUCACAUCCUCCACGCCGACCGACCCCUAGGCGUGCCCACAGUCCCUCGCCCACUCCCGACCGUUCCCGAAUCUCCCGCCAUCAGCAAACCCCGCGCGCCUCAACCGCGUCCUCCAUCGCCUCCGCGCAUCAUCGCCGCUCGCCCAGUCCCUAAAACGAUCUAUGAGAAACCGUUCGAGCCGCAGAUUCAGCAUAGGGUCAUUGAACCGUCGAGCUUUGAGUUGCCGGGGGAUGAGAUUAGUCGACGCAAGAAGAUGGAGUUUGAGGCGAGACAGAGGGAGGAGGAGAUGAGGAUGAGGGAGACAAAGGAGUUUAGAGCUCAGCCAUUGCCGGUUGAUGAUAUACCCAUGCGAGGAGCCGCCUACGUUCCACCCAAACCACCUACCGAACCCGCCCCAUUCAACCUCGAAACCGAGUUCCGCGGCGCAUUCGCCCGCAUGACCCUCGAAGAGCGACAAGAAAAGCAACGCGAGGAAGAAGCCAAGCGGCGACAAUUCAAAGCCCAGCCUUUACCGUUCUCCAUCGACCACCCCUUCUUCCCGCAGCCGUCCAACAAACCGCUGACGAAUGUCGAGGAUGUGGUUUUGUCGACUGAGGAACGGGCUGAGGAAAGGAAGGCGUUUGAUGAGGAGAGGAGGAUAAGGGAGGCGGCUGAGGAGGAGAUGCGGAGGAGGGCGGCGAAGGAGCAGGAGGAACGCGAAAAGCUCGAGAUCGCCCAAGACCGCGCUCAACGCGUGCACAAAGCGCAACCGCCCCAAUACGACCGCAUCAAACCGCUCCUCAUCAAACCCUCCGACCGCAAGCUCACAGACCCGCACUCGCCCUUCAUCGGCGCCAAGCGCAAAAAGGCCUCCGCGGACAUCAAAGUCGAGCGCGACCCCGCCGUCUUGGGCGCAGCGGAUAAUGAGUUUGAUGGCGAGUAUUAUACGUAUCAUGGUGGUGGGGGCAGUCUGUUGCAGCAGAGGCUUUAUGAGGUUGCGGAACGGUUGGAAAGGGGGGAGAGUGUUAGUGAGGAUGAGGGGGACGAUGCGGACGAUGAGCGGACGUGAAUGGGUGAUAUGGAGGGGGUGGGAAACGCUGCGUAGAUGCAGCAAACUCGGUAUCUGUUGUUUUGCCGGACGAUGGGAACGUUAUUAAAGGGGAGGGAUCAUUUUUUCUUGCGUUUAUUGGUAGCGAUAUGAUUUCCCGCUUUGGACCGUCGGACAUGUCUUUCUUGAUGUAUGUAUAACGGAGGGGAACAAGGGGUUUGGGAUGACGAGCCCCCUUCUCGUCUUGGUAGUCUGAGGGUGUGAGUUGCACUGAGCGUACGAUAAUAACUUGAGCAAAUGAAACAUAGA